UUGAAAGUACUAUUGUGACAAGAUUAUUUUUUGAAGUAACGUGUUUAUUUACAAGAUUUUACAUAAUGGGAAGUGAAAUUAAUUAUACUGGCACAACUCCCGAAUAUUAUGCACCAUUUGAAGUGGUUGUGCAUAAUACGCCAAGUGACUGUUGGGUGUCUUUUCUAGGCAAAGUGACAAAUGUAACACCGUUGAUCGAGAAGUAUGAAGAAAACUGUGUUAAACCUUUGAUAGCGUUCGCUGGAAAGGAUAUUACCGAUUGGUUCGAUGAACGCACUGGGGAUAUAAAAUAUCAUAUACAUCCUGUUUCCGGCUGCCGUGUGCCAUACACUCCGCACGGAAGAAUUCCAGAUGUUGAUGUGCAAGUUCCAAAUGAAGAGUGGCGACCGCUUGAUUAUACGCCUUGGUGGAAGGAUGAUAGGUAUAUAAUCGGAAAGUUAACAAGUCGCGUGCGACCAAUACGAAUCGUAAAUCCUUUGUUUGGUUUUGAGACUUUUUUAAAUGUCUGCGCGGAAGAUACCAUUUUAAGAAUCAAAGAAAGAUAUUCAAUAUUUAACAGUUUAUCCAACGAAUACAUUUGGCGAUACUUUGAUAAACCGCUUAAAGAUGACCUAACUUUAGAAGAAAACGGUAUACCAGAUCAACGAGAUCACAUGGCCAGUGUGGGAAUGGAUCCCAACUUCUGGAUACCGCCGCUUUUCAUUUAUUACUGCGAUAAUCUAGAAUGGUUGGACAAUGAUAGUAGCAGCGACAGCGAUACCACUGAUUACUACAGCAAGUUUUGAUUUUGCCGUACCGACAGUGAAUGCAAGGUGGAGGUUUAAAUAAAUUAAACAUGAAAUAUUUGCCUGCUGCAUGUUUGAUGUUCCGUGGUUGUUUUCAGGUAUUAUACGUAUCUAAGUGGCAUAUGGUGCUUCCAUCGAUGCAUAACAUAUACAAGUUGUUGGGAAUUACAAAGUAAAACCAGAAAUACAAACUAAAAUAACAUACACACUAAAAUACUAUUAGAUAACGGUAAAUUCAAACACGCACAAUAAUAUUUAUUGUCAAAUCAAUAACAAUUGACCAGGUAUUGAUUUUUUGUAGAAAUAUUAUUGUUUUGUUUGUUGCGGUGAGUUGUGUAGAGAAAAAUGCAUCAACCGAAACCUAGUGCGUACAGAAAAUUUACGCACCUUCAAAUCAGUAAAGCGUAUCUUCAUUAACAGAUUUCAAUUUGAAUUUUAAAUUAGUCACAUGGCAAAUAACAAAGCAGAAAUCAUUUAUUGCAUAAAAUAUCUAAAAAGAUCAGAAAAUUAAACAAAAAUAACAUGUUAUUAAACAAAAUUAUUGCUAAUUAGAUUUUCAACGCUUAGAUUCAGAUGUAGAAUGGUUUUAAUUAGGUUUUAAUUGGGUACUGCAAGCGACACUUAUUAUAACUUGCAUUAAUUGAUUUGUUUCCUCUUUGUGCCUUAAAUUAAACAUUCAUUAUUUUUAACAGU